AUGGGGAAGGACUACUAUAAAAUUUUGGGGAUAACAAGAGGUGCCUCGCCUGAAGAGCUAAAGAAGGCAUAUAAAAAGGCAGCGCUAAAAUACCACCCCGACAAAAACAAGGACCCCUCGGCGGAGGAUAUUUUCAGGGACAUUGCCGAGGCAUACGAUGUUCUUAGUGAUCCAGAAAAAAAAACCAUAUACGAUGAAUACGGAGAAGAAGGACUCAAGGGCGGAAUUCCACAAUCCUAUGCAUCCCAGGGCGGGUUUCCAGCCGGAUCGACAUUUCAUUUUUCGGGAUUUCCAGGCCGUCAACCAGGUGGAGGAUAUGCGUUUACCCAAGACCCGAGAGAUAUUUUUGCAAAUUUGUUUGGAAACUCCUCGCCCUUUUUCAGUGGCGGCGCGGGUGGAGAUGCUGAUUUUGAAAGCUUCUUCAGCCAGGCAGGUGCAAUGCCAUCCUCCACACGAAGAGGUGCCUCCCAAUCCUCCAGAAGGGGGCCCAGCCAGCAAUCUGCAGCAGCCUCUUCGCCUCAACAGAUAAUACAUAAAGUUGGUGUUUCUCUUGAAGAUUUAUUUGCUGGCGUCACGAAAAAGAUGAAAAUUAAGCGCCAAAUUCAGAACCCUUCUACCAGAGCUGUCACAUAUGAGGAGAAGAUAGUCUCCAUUGAUAUCAAGCCGGGGUGGAAGGCUGGAACCAAAAUAACCUUCCCAAAAGAGGGAGAUCAGAUUCCUGGAAUGACCCCAAGUGAUGUUGUGUUCACCAUCGAGGAAAAGCCACACGCGCAAUUUAAGAGGGAAGGAAACGACCUUCAUCACACUGUAAAAAUCUCUCUUUUACAGGCACUCACUGGCGCGAUGAUUAGUGUUCCAACAAUCGAGGGGCAGCCCCUUGCAGUCAGAUUGUCCCCAAUUGUCAGGGCUGGAGAUACCAAAACCCUUCAAGGAUAUGGAAUGCCCAUAUCGAAAACGCCCGAGCAGAGAGGUGCCCUCAUAUUGAAGUUUGACGUUAUUUUCCCCACCGCACUUACAGAAACACAAAAAGAAGCGCUUAAAUCGAUCCUUCCUCAAUAA